UAGAGGCUUCAGUCGUCACUGGCUGUCCCCGGUCUGGGCGUGUUGCUAGCUCAGCUCUUCCAGCCAGGAGGGGCCAGGCCAAGCAGUCGUCUUUUCAGUAUCCGGCUAACUAAUGUUUAAUCUAUAGUAGACAUGGAUUUCGACGCUUUAUUUAACGAAAAGACAUUUCAGUUCUCGGACUUCCAGGAGUUCACGUUUCUUCCUGGACACCAAAAGUUGACUGAACGAGUGAGAAAGCGACUGUAUUAUGGCCUGGACAAAGAUGUUUCUUUAGAUGCCCUCUCUUGCCCAGUUACUGAUAUUGCCGUCGAAAUCUUUCAAAAGUCUGCCCCAAGCCCAAUCCGAAAGCUCCACAAGAAGUAUGCUGCUCAUGUUGCCAGGGAGGCUUGCAUCUCCCCGUGUGCCAUGAUGCUGGCUCUAAUUUACAUAGAAAGGCUCCGACAUAGAAACCCUGAAUACCUACAAAAGAUCUCCUCCUCUGACCUCUUCCUGAUCUCUAUGAUGGUUGCCAGCAAGUACCUGUAUGACGAAGGAGAAGAAGAAGAGGUUUUCAAUGAUGAGUGGGGAGCAGCUGGGAAGCUGGACGUCCAAACUGUCAAUAACCUGGAGAUGAACUUCUUGAAUGCGAUUGAUUGGAGCCUCUUCACAGAGCCAAAUGACUUCUUCGACAUACUUAGUCAUCUGGAAACCAGCAUUGCAGAGCGGCAGGGGAUGAAACGAGGCUGGUUCACCUACACUGAUCUGUGUGUGCUCCUGGAGCAGUCGGCGUGGAGUCAGGCCCUCGCAGCCAUUUACCAGCACUUUACUAAGGUAUCCUGUAUGCUCGGCUUGGUCUAUUUGACCAGUGUGGCUGGCCUUAUUGCCACCAGCGCUGUGCUGCACCAGCUCAGCCUCUCCAGGGAUGGCCCGUCCCCACUUGCACCCCCACCUGAGAGCAGCCCGACCCACCUUCAGACCUCCAACCUAAACCCAGAAGCUCCAACUGCAGCCCAGCGCCUCCCCUGUUGUGUUCUGGCCAACAAGAGUCUGAACCGUCACACCAGUGCAUUUGGAAUCGGCCAGCACCACAGACAAAGUCCCCCAUCAGCUUCCACGCAGACGUCAGUGUUGUGUCUCUGGGGCUCCCUCUUUGCCUCUAUGGGUCACAUACAUCCUGAAAUGGAAGACUCCCAAACCUGGUCUGCUGCUUCCUUCUUCUGUCCUGGCUGUCUUGCAACCCUCCCUCCUCUUCAGUGCGGGCUUAAAAACACCUCAGCGCUCUUCAUUCACGGUCCCCCUGAAAACCAUCAGCAUCAUGCAUCGUUGCUGGCCCCCAGCCUCCUUGGAGCUGCAGAGCCAAGCCUGAACUCCCCUCUAGGGGUGUUUCCCCCUGUACAGCUGGGACCCUGCCAUCCAGAGUCGAUGUUACCUGUCAAGAAAGCCCAAGCUCUGCUUAUGCCCGGCUAGAGAUCGGCCAACCCUGCUGCUGUCGGCCUGUAGUGAUAGACUCUGGAAAUUAAACCAGCCUUCUUUUCAUGGCUCAUCAACAGCUUAAAGUUAUGUUUAUUUUUCCAGAUCUAGAACACAGGUGUGAAGGUGAGAGUAUUUAGGCACAUUUGGGACGGAGUGAGGGUUUGAUAACACAGCACAGGGUGAAAAUUCACUUAUAGUUCACCACUGCAGAAUAAAUUUGCCAUAAGUAGAAUGCCAUCGUGUUCAUUUAAAGCUCUGCGACUUGUUUUUUUGGAAUUUGCGGAUUAUUUCAUGUCUUUCUUGGCUUUAACCAAACUGUUUUACUACCCACAUUUGUUAUUGUUUGAAGGUUCAGACCGGUCAGAUGUUGAUGGUAGGGCCUUUGUGAUUAGCUUUGAGUCGAUGAAAGUGUUUGGGAGGUUACGUAGCAUAUCUAAAAGGUGAGAGUUUCACAGUAAGUUUUUUUUGUGCUGGGAUGUUGUGUGAAGAAGGGACUAAACCAGUUUACUUUGUGUGCUAAAGUUAGGCUUAUUCAUAUUUGUUUAGUGUUACCAUAUCUUUGUCAUGUAUGGAUACAGAGGUUUACGUCAGACAUUGGUCAUGCACAUGCUGCAAGCACUGAUUUUCUAAGUCUUUGUUACUCCCUCUGUAACAAAUUGUCUCCUGUCCUUAUAAACUUUCACCUUCAUCUGGGAGAAAGCAUCAAAGAAAUGAAGCACCACAGACUGUUUUCAUCCCUCAGUGUAUCUGUCACUGGCCACACUGUGAUCACUAACAUCAGCUCCUCUUAUUUGCAUCAUUUACAGCUAUUUUUUUCCAUUCUAUUGUCUUUUUAUAGUGAUAAUAUUCAGUGGGUUUUUUGUGGCAACAGGAUGUCAUGUAACCAUAAAGUUACUUUCCUUUAGCAGGGUAAUGUUUAGCCAGAUUAAACCUACAGGUUUCUCAUUCUCCAACUGGAAGAAGGUCUGUGUAAAAAAAGAAAAAGAAAGGGUUCCUGGGUUUCUUUUUAUCGUUGGUUUCUGGUUGGUGUUCUUGAAGUUAAAGGAUAACAGCAGUUGGUCAUGUUGUCUGGAUUUUGCACAUCUGGUUCCAUUUACAUUCACAUUUUUACUCCGUGAUCACAACCUUGUCAAGCUUGUCCUUUAAACACCAGAAUAAAAAUGUAAAGACUAAUUUUUUUUAUGUCAGCAGUUACACCUCGUCCCCAGGACAUUAACUUUGCAAUUGAACCUUUGACAAAUUGCUCUGAGCAUUUGAAUUUGAUACAUUUUGAAGCAGGAAGUCAUUUUGUAAAUGCUGUAAAAUGCAAAUAUUGUAAAAAAAAAAAAAUCUGUAGAGAAAACAAUAAAUAAUAAAGAGUUUGUUUCUGG